AGCGUACACAUUUCACUAACCAUGAAUGUCUUAAUUUAUCUUAAUAUAUUUUUCUGAUUUAAUUGGAGAUACUGUUUAUUUUUAAAAAUUGUAUUACCCAUAUCGGAACAAGUUUACCUGUUAUUUGUGAAUACAUCUUGUACAUUUUGUAUUAUAGUGGUGUAAUUGUUGAAUAUAACGAUUUAAUUAUCAAUUAUCUUUGUUCAGUAAUGGCAGACCAAGCACAAACUGAAAAUAAAAGUGUAGAAUUCUGUAAACCAAAGGAUCCUAAAGAUGUUGAAAAAGCUCAGGAAGAAACUAUGAAAAAACAAUAUCAAAUGAAAUCCAAUUGGCCUCCUGUUAGUGGUCAUUCAGCAUUAUUACAAAAACGUCUUGCAAAAGGGCAAAAAUUUUUUGACUCUGGUGAUUAUCAAAUGGCAAGACAAGUUGGUUCUGGAAGUAAAAUACCGAAUCGUCCUGUACAACAAGUUUUAGGGUUUGGCACUGGUGAUGCUAUACCAACACCAGAUACUGUACCAGCUCGAAAAACUUCUAUUAUUCAACCUAAAUUUAAUACUAGUAGUACUCCAUCAUCUACUUCGUGAUUAUAAUUUUUAUAUAAAUUUAUUAAUUAUUAUUUCAAUCAAAUUUCAUUCAUUUUAAUUUAUUGUGAAAAUCGAUACAAUAGAUUUAACAAGACAUGGCCAUUUAGUUAAACUAUUUUGAUAUUGUAUUGUUAAUGUAAUUUUGUGUAUUAAUUUCUUUAUUUAAAACUUGUGUAUUACAAAUUGAAAAAUUAAUGUCAUACAGUACAGAAAAAUAUUAUUUAGAAUGUAUAAAAAAAAUUUUGAUUUUAUAAAUUACUACAUGAAGUUUUAUAACCUAAAUAUCAAUUGAACUCUGUUAUUAAUAGUCUUAUUUGAUUUUUUAUAAAAAACAUAAACUAUUUUUAAUUUAAAUUUUAAGUUUACUAUUGAUGAAACAAUAGAAAAUUUACAAUGUUAAAAUUUAAAAAUUAUAGUGAUGUAAUAAAAUUAUUAUAAAUAUUUAUUUAAUAUUUAAUACUAGUGUAUUUUUGAUAAAUGUUAUACAAUUGUCAAUAUUAUUUUUAUCUUAUAUAGUA